GAGCACUAUUAUAAUUUAAUGCUGGUGCAUGUAAAGUUCUGAAUGACAACCAACACAGCAGCCAGUGUCAAUGGACCUUCAUCGAGCGAGUAUCCUCAACCACAUGGAUUGUAAUACUGAUGGUCGACAUUCUAAGGAUGAAAAAGUGAAAUCUAUCAAUGAAGAGCGGCUGGACAGUGGCCUCGACUCUCUCAAAGAAGAGGAAUAUAAAGUUGUCGCCGGUGAGCUCGAGCGUCUUCGUGUGGAUUGUUCCCCACCGCAGAGAGACGAAUGCAGCAAUGAACCGUGGAAGGAACAAGUUUCAGAGGAUGGAGACACGUACGUUGAGAAACUAUAAUCAAAUCUGUGGACAUUCAAGUAUUUUUUCCAUGUCCAAGUCUACUAUAAAUAAUGCAUUAUUUUUGUUAUUUCUACGCUAUAUAGGUAGCCUAAAGGUUAGAGCGUUGGGCAAGUCACCGAAAGGUCCUGGUUCGAAUACCCGAGCCGACAAUGUGAAAAUCAAUCGAUGUGCCCUUGAGCAAGGCACUUAACUCUAUUUUGCGGCAGGGGCGCCUUACUACUAUGCAAUACCCUGUAAAACAACACAUUUCACUGCACCUAUCCGGUGUAUGUGACAAUAUAAAAACAAAUGAACGCAUAUUUGUGUAGUUGAGUAAUUUUUGCGCAAUUGUGGUGUCUUCCUGUGUGCAAAAGUUAUUGCAUUUGCAUGCAAAGCAGCUUCUAAACAAUGCACAAGGAAUGUAUUGGGGGGAGUUACCGUCAGAGUGAAUAUUAUGGUCAUUGUGGACUUUACGUUAACAAAAGACUAUCAGAACGGAAUGUACUAUGGCUGGGGGUCAAAUAGGCAGCGCUCACACUUUGCUCCAGCCGGGAAAGUCCCAGGCCUCGUGCCAGAAACCACGCGCAGCAACGCACGCCAGUGCGUCAAGCCACCACUAGUAGAAAUAGCUUGAGGGGAAGAAAGUGUGACGCCUAUGAAGUGCUGCCGUUUUCUCAUUCAAAAAUGUAACCCCCUACAUGUCAUAUUCAUGUUCAUUUUUUUGUUGAGUAAUCUGAGCAUUUAAAAAAUAAAUCCCCUUUUUUUUUUUUUUUUUUUUUAAAUCUAUGCAGGCUUCUCCACCUUGCCAUUAUCCAUGAAGCCAAGGACUGUGCAAGGAAGAUGAUAGAGCUGUCAUGCAAUGAGCCUUUCCUCAAUCAACAUAACUACCAGAGACAGGUAAAUACUGCUAAAACCUGCACAAAUAGAUGCAUAGGUAGAAUACAAGGUGUAUGUGUAUGUACGAGAGAGAGCGAGUGAAGUAGAUGCACACAUACAAUAAAAGGUUUGUGUGUGAGACCCAUACUUCCAGUUCCUAACCAUAUCGCUCCUCCUCCCCCAUACAGACUCCUCUCCACCUGGCUGUGAUCACAGAGCAGGCUGAGAUAGUGGAGCGUCUCCUGAAGGCUGGCUGUGACCCCACGCUAGUGGACAGCAGUGGCAACACGGCCCUUCACAUCGCCUGCAGGAAGGGCUCUCUCACCUGCUUCAGUGUCCUCACCCAAACCCAGGGCUGCUCUACCCAGCUCCCAGCCAUCAUGGCCAUGCCAAAUUACAGUGGUAAGAAACGUGUAGUCUAUUUUCUGUUACUUAUUUCAACUGGUGGGGAACCUGUGGCCAUACUGAAACUAAGCAAUUACUAAAUUAAUGUUUAACAACUGCAGUAAUUACAGUUACUACACAACUUAAUGUAAAGUGUUAUCCUGUUCUCUGACCAUUGGUCUUCCUCUGCUCUCUGUUUCAGGUCAGAACUGUUUGCAUCUGGUCUCUAUCCAUGGCUACCUCUCGCUAGUGGAGAGCCUUGUUGCUCUCGGAGCUGACAUCGAUGCACAGGUACGCUAUGCAACAACUUAAGUUUUUCUUCAACCCUACCCUCACAAUAGUCCACUCAUUUCAUUAUGUCAUCCACAUUUAAUAAAAAGCAUUCAAAUGAUGUGUAUUUCCCGUUAACUUAUUUGGCACUUGUUUGUCCCUUGGUGUUACAGGAGCAGUGCAAUGGCCGCAGCCCUCUCCACCUGGCUGUUGACCUACAGAACCUGGACUUGGUGCUGCUCCUGGUCAGUAAUGGGGCGAACGUCAACAGCCUGACCUAUGGAGGUCACACGCCAUACCACCUGACCUACGGACGCCAGAACGCCGCCAUCCAAAGGGAACUGUAUGAGCUGACGGCUCAGGAGCUGAGAGAACUGCCAGACAGUGAGUCUGAGGACAGUGAGGAAGAGGGACAGUCUGAUGAUGAAGAGGUGAGUGUGACUUAACUCUGUGAGUUUGUGAAGCAUCGCUACUGUGUGUGAUUAAUAUGUAGGGUAGGGUUUUGCCAUAUAGUUCUGUAGUGAUACUGAGCUGUGAAAACAGUUUAGCAUAUCUAGCUGUAUGUCAUGAAUGAACCGAGCAGAUUAGAUGUUUUAGAUAGUCAUCAAUUAACUUUGGCUCUAAUCCACCUUCUCCUUUCCUUUAGCAGGUGACAUGUUGGUAUGAUGACAUUCAAUGGAAUGGGCGCAAGUAAGAAGUAGACCACAGAACCUCCAAAGAACAGUAGUACCGACAGAGAGAGAAGCUCAUCUGUGCACAGGCUCUAGCUUUGGUACAGUUGCAUGCCCAGCAGUGGUGCCAACCUCAGAGGAAGAGGAUGACAGAAGACUGGUACAGCAGGGGUACAACACCCCAGACUGACAUAGUGAUGAUGGACAGUGUGAACCAAUGAGAAGAUGCCAAAUAAACAAAAUGGAUGCCAAUAAAUAAGUAUUUAUGGCUCUGAAAGAGACUCAUUAUCACAAAGCAUACAUCCAACCAACGAUGUAAUAACACCUGCAUGUAUUAUACUGUAAAUGGAUGUGAAUACAAAUAUUUAUAUAUUUUUUAAUGCGUAAAGUUUGACAAUAUUGUAAAUGCUUUCCAUUGCUUGUGGAAAGGUAAAGCAAGCCACACACUCCACUAAAUUAAAACAAUACAUGUUUAACAUUGCCUUGAUUUCUAGUGCUUUUCCAUCUGUGGGAGAUUGAUGAAAAAAUACAGUACUUUUU